UCAGUCUUAUCAGCACGCCGAACUUUCUCCUUGAACAUAUCCUACGUGACACAAAUACGCGCUUAGAAAUCAUCGACCACCAUCUACCACGCAACAACAAAGCAACCGAAGCAAAGCAGAAAAAGCUAGCCAUGUCAGCGAUUAUCACUCCCACCACACAUAAGAAGGCCCCGAAGGAGAAGCCUGACCAAAAGUAUGCGCCCACACUACUUCUUCCUAAGACUGCAUUCCCCCUGCGCGCAGACGCUGCGGUUCGCGAACAUCUGUUCUGUCAGCGCUGCACCACAGAUCUGUACGCCUGGCAGCGUGAAAACAAUGAGGGGGAUCUCUUUGUGCUCCAUGAUGGGCCUCCAUAUGCGAACGGACACUUGCAUCUCGGCCAUGCGCUCAAUAAGGUGCUCAAGGAUUUUGUGAACCGACAGCAUGUCAUGAGAGGGUUCAAAGUCGAUUACCGCCCUGGCUGGGAUUGCCACGGCUUACCUAUAGAACUCAAGGCCCUCGCAGAACUCAAGGUCUCGGACCGAUCCAGCCUAAGCCCCACCCAAGUCCGCGCCGUCGCCCAGGCCACAGCUCAGUCGACCGUGGAAGCUCAACGAGCAGAGUUCUUGGCCUACGGUGUCAUGGGCGAUUGGGAGAACGGGUACAGGACCAUGGACAGGGACUUUGAGACGCGCCAGCUCAAUGUGUUUUAUGAGAUGAUGAACAAAGGGCUUAUUUACAGGGCUAACAAGCCCGUGUACUGGUCGCCCUCAUCCAAGACUGCGCUCGCAGAGUCCGAGCUCGAAUACAAGGAGGAUCAUAAGAGUCGAUCUGCAUGGGUCGCGUUCUUGGUGGACCAUCCUUCUCAAGGGUUAGCGAGGUUAUUACCGGACUCUGUAACGUUACACGCCGUAGUAUGGACGACCACUCCCUGGACUUUACCCGCCAACAGAAGUGUCGCCGUUCACCCCAAGAUGACCUACAGGCUGUUCCGUCCUAGUGCCACGAAUGAUCCCAGCAAGGUCUACCUCGCUGUCGCAGAGCAGCUGGACGAGAUGAAGAAGCGUUUCGCACCCAAGGACUCUACCGAGCCUGCCACUCUGGAGCUGUUUGGCGAAAUCUCUGGCCAAGACCUGGUCGGAAGCCGGUACCAGCAUCCUCUCACCACCGAGUCCAUGCCCUUCAUCGCGGCCGACUACGUCACCUCGGACUCUGGAUCUGGCCUUGUCCAUACGGCUCCUGGCCAUGGUAUGGACGAUUACAAGACCUGUUACCCGCUCGGGAUCGAAGCGUUCUGCCCUGUCGACAACGUGGGCGAUUUCACGGCCGAGGCGGGCCCGGAACUCGAGGGGCUCAAUGUCCAGACGAAGGGUACGGACAAGGUCCUGCAGUUGCUCGCUAUCAGAGGGACUCUGAUCCAGGAGCACGUUUAUGUGCACAAGUAUCCGUACGAUUGGCGGACUAAGAAACCCGUUAUCCUGCGUGCGACCUCGCAGUGGUUCGCGAACGUCGGGACCAUCAAGGAGGAUGCUCUGAAGGCGAUCGAGAGCGUGCGCAUCAUUCCUGAAGGGGCCAGACGGCGCCUUGAAGGGUUUGUGCAUUCGCGCUCGGAGUGGUGUAUCUCACGUCAGCGGUCUUGGGGCGUACCCAUCCCGGUGAUGUACGACAAUGAGACGGACGAGCCGCUGUUAACAAAGUCCUCAGUCCACCAUGUGAUCGAUAUCGUGAGGGAGCACGGUGCAGAUGCGUGGUGGAGCAUGACCACGGAGGAACUCCUUGCGCCCGAGUACAGGAAUAACGGCAAGAUCUACCGCCGCGGAUUUGAUACUAUGGACGUUUGGUUCGACAGCGGUACGAGCUGGACCAUGAUCCAGGAAAAGAUGCCUCGCCCCCAUCUCCCCUUCGUGGCGGACGUGUACUGCGAAGGAUCGGAUCAGCACCGUGGGUGGUUCCAGUCCUCGUUACUGACAUCAGUUGCGUUGACGGGCAAGGCGCCCUACGGGACGUUGAUCACUCACGGGUUCUUGCUGGAUGCGAAGGGGUUCAAGCAGAGCAAGUCCCUUGGCAACACGGUUGACCCAGCUGUGAUCAUCAACGGAGGUAAGAACUUGCAGAAGGAUCCGGCAUACGGGACGGAUUUGCUGCGGUUAUGGGCGGCAUCUUCGGAAUAUACGAAGGAUAUUGCGAUUGGCAAGACGAUCUUGACGCAGGUGGCGGAGAGCAUGCGCAAGUUUCGGACGACAGCUAGGUUUAUCCUGGGCAACUUGAAUGGGUUCAAGGAGGCGGAGGCGGUUGCGUAUGAGGAGUUGAGUCGUUUAGAUCGGUUCAUGUUAUCCGAGACGUAUCAGUUCUGCAAGAACGUGAAUGCAGCCUAUGACGAGUACAUGUUCAACAAAGUGUUCGGUCAGCUUCAGUACUUUACGAGCACAACGCUUUCCUCUUUCUACUUGGAUGUCAUCAAGGACACCUUGUACUCUGAAGCUGAGAACAGCCCAAAGCGCCGUGCUGUCCAGACCGUGCUCUUCCAUGUCUUGAACGCCCUCAACAAGAGCAUUGCACCAUUGGCGCCCCAUUUUGCCGAAGAAGUCUACGAGAACUACCGCGACUGCUUCAUGAGCUCACAGCCAAGCGUGUUCCGUACCGGUUGGCUCGAAAUCUCCGAGUCCUGGAACGACGCUGCCUUACGCGAGGAGUUCCAGAUCUUGAAACAGCUCCGUGUGGAAGCCAACCAGCUCCUGGAGCAGGCUCGCGCUGCCAAGGUCAUCGGACCCUCGUUGGAGGCGACUGUGGAGUUCCAGUUACCUACGGAGACAGAGACGCCUGUGGAGGAGCAGGAGAUCUUGAGUGGGGUUGUCAAGAAGUAUGCGGAUGAUUUCGCGAAGCUAUUCAUUACCUCGGAGGUCUUUGUUACGAGUGAUGAUUUGUCUAUGGACGUUGCUUCCGCUGCAGGGAAGAAUGUGUUUGUGAGGGAGGUUUGUAUGCCGAAGGUGGGGUCGUGUCGUCUGGUAGUGCGACGAGCGACAUUGCACAAAUGUCCACGGUGCUGGGCGUUCACUUCCAAGGAGCAGGAUGUACUCUGCAAUCGAUGUGGCCCUGUCGUGGCUUCUUUGCAUUUGUAGACAGAUGUAGACGACGUUUGAACGACGAUGCAUCAAUAAAUUCGUUUCUUAAUGCGC